AUGCCACCGAACAAUACUCAGCCUGGUCUCAGACAUCGUGCGGGACAAAUACUCGAGCUAUGGCGUCUCUUCUCAUAUGCCGUCUUCGUUUUGUUCCUUCUAGUCUUGCUAUUACCGGGAUUCUUUAUUCCGAUCUUUGGAGAUCUGUUUUACCCACCUCGAAGUGCUAAACCGCCCAAGUUACCUUACGGAUUAUCACUGGUAGACACUAUUGAUACCCUUGGCCCGAAGACUGCUGAUGUGAUAUUCGUCCAUGGGCUUGGGUCCUUUCCUGACACAACAUGGCAAAAACAGCCCCCUGCGGGUCCAGCAUCCCCUGGCAACGAAAAGUCCAAUAUAUCGUGGAUACGGGACCUUUUACCUUCUGACCUUCCUGCUGCUCGACUUCUUUUCUAUAAUUACGACUCUACCACAUAUAACGACGCCCCGCAGAAGAAUCUUCACGAUAUGGCCGGUGACUUGCUGUAUAGCCUUCAGAUUUCACAACUGAGAACAACAGUGCAGGAGAAGUCACGGCCGAUUAUAUUUUUGUCUCACAGCUAUGGUGGAUUGGUAGUCAAAGAAGCUCUGGUUCAAGCGCAUUCAAACCCAGAACAAAACAGGGACCUUUUGACGAAUAUUUUCGGAAUAAUAUUUCUGGGUACACCACAUAAGGGAGUUGAAUAUUCUAGAUAUGCACAAGAGAUGACGCUACAUCUCAAUCGUUUGGGCUCGAAUCCCGACAUAUUCGUUUCGCUAGAAACGAAUUCCGACUCAUUGAGAAAACUACACCAACUAUUCAUUACAUCUUUUAAGAGCUUGCAUAUGGUCAAUUUUUUUGAGACUCGCAAGCUUGAAACUAAGUUAAUCCCCCUCACUUUGCUUCCCUUACGUAUAAUGAUAGUGGAGAAAGACUCAGCCACAUUUGAGGCUCCAAACACGACAAAUCACCUUAUCGAUACAGACCACAGUGGCCUCAAUAAAUUCCGUGCCCGGAAUGAAGAAGGGUACAGGAAAAUCCUUCAAACCCUUCGAUUUAUGAUCAAGGGCGCUUCCCAAAGGAGGAAAGAGACAAAAGGAUGUGAUCGAGGAGAAGCUGCGGCGUUACCAAGUUCUCUGGGCACCAUGGCGCACACCGUUCCAUACCAGACUGUCAAAACAUUUACAAACCGCGUCUCCUGCUUAUCUCGACUUGCAGAAAAUCUCCAUGCUGAAGAUGCACGUCGUGAUCCUCCUCGAUCUGUUGCUUUGUGGGGUCGCGGCGGCUCAGGAAAGUCCCAGCUUGCGUUACGAUAUUUCGAAACUCAUCGGAGCCAUUACGACCCGGUCCUUUGGAUCGAUGCACAUAAUCCCAAUAGCGCACUACAAAGCUUUUCCGACGCUUUCGAAGAACUCAAUCUUGAGUACCCUUCCGAGUUAAUAGAUCAACUUCGCAAAGACCAAGAGCCUGAUGGUAUGGACCCAGCAUCGAUAGGGACAAACCGUAUUGUCAAGGCAGUACUCAACUGGUUAAAGAAUCGUGGUCCACAACAUACUAAAUGGCUUGUCGUCAUCGAUAACGCCGACGAUCUCUCUUGGGUGCGCCAGCUGAUUCCCCGAGGAAAUAGAGGAUCUGUUAUCAUCACGAGCCGAAAUAAGCUUGUGGGGACCCUCGUCAAUGAAGCUAUUCCCGUGGACCGCAUGACGAAAAAUGAAGCGGUAGAGCUCCUCUCCCGGAGUGCUGACUUGGAUGGCUCCUGGUUGAAUAAUACCAGGGGUGACACCUUUCAAGGAGACAAGCAGUAUGAAAAUGCACUUGCCAUUGCCAAUAAGUUGGAAUAUUUUCCGCUCGCCAUCGACCUUGCGGGGUACUAUAUUUCCCAGGCCCCUAGCAUGCAGGAAGAUCUAUCACUCUUCCUGGAGGCUCUCGAGAGAAACCCGCAGAAAGUGCUAAUGACCAGCCGGCCAGAAAACGUGGACACCUACCAGCUCACUGUCGCUAAUGUGUGGGAGCUGUCUUUCAGUGCCAUCAACAGGACCAAUCCUACUUCAGCCAAUCUGCUACUUCUACUGUCCUUUUUCAACCCUGCAAACAUCGAGGAUCGACUAUUUGCAGAGGCAUGUACAGGAGUCUCAAUUGCGAACAAUGAUCCGGUGGUUUGGAAACAACAACUUCAUUUUGUCUUGGCUCUGCUACGUCCGUGGAAUUGGUACCGAUGGUACUGGAAUUGGGGGCGAUCGUACUUGAAAUGGUUGCUACCGCAAUCGCUACUACCACAAUGCUGGCUGCCGCGAUGUUGGCUGUUACCAGGCCUUGCUAUAAUGGCCGUGUUUUUCGUCUACCGCAAAAGAUCAAGUCUAGCCCAGUAUAGAGAGUCAAUUGGAUGGGCCGUCCAUCCACUCUCCUAUUUUUUUUUGAUGAGUCUCAUCCUUGCCGUCUUCAGAAAAUGGGAUGAAGACUACUGGGAUAAAAUAACGAAACCCGAACAACUUCAAGAUUCUCAUGCUGGGACCUCGUUCUAUCUCGAGCUGGGUAGUUACAUUAUUUUUAUUUCCUUGUGGUUAUCUGCGAUACUCCCAUCAGGUACUGCGGGAUUGAGGCGAGAUUUCGAAGUAUCCAUACGCAGAUCUGCCAACACUGUGUCAUCCUUGCAGAUUCCGGAUACUUUAUUACUCUCGGUUGCUUCAGGUAUUCUAGUCGCGGGAGUGGGCCUAUAUAUUUCCCGAUCUGAUCUUUCGAGCCUUCGGUCUUACACACCAGACGUUGAGUUCUUCAAGUCAAGCACUGUCGUGAAAGAUCUAAUAUGGAAAUCCGACAUCGAAGAAGAGAGAAAGGCUCAUGUUGAAGCCAUCAGCGAGUUUCUCAAAGAAGAAGCUCAAGGCGCAAACUCUCACUCCUUCAUCUGGUUCCUAAAAUGGUCGUUGGUGAUAACCAGAGUAUAUGUUGGUUUCGUGUUCGGGGUGAUUGCAUUUCUAGCAUUUUGUCUCUGGCUGUUUGAGAUUGGGCACCUUGGAGGGUUAUUCAAAGUAUCUCCAUGGAACAAAGUCUUCCCAAAUGCUGAGAGUCAACGUCUCACUUCAAGAUUUAAACUCAUCCUACUCCUCGUCGCUGCCACUAUAUGGGGCGCCGUCUCAUACCUGGCACUAGGGUUCCUCUGGCAAGAACAAGACAGCCCUAGCUCCUUUUUUCGAUUACCUCCAGAAAGCCCAGGGCUACUGAAAGGCCUCUUGGCAUCUUCAGAGGAUGGAAGGUGGAAUUCAGAACCCUACAUGCAAGCUCUAGCCCCAUUAUUGAACCAUGGUUUGAUACAGCGCACACCGAGCCGCGGCCAUUCCGUCCAUGACCUCGUACAGUGGUGGGGAAGGCAGCGCCUGGAUGUCGCCGAGCGACAGAUAUGGGCAAUGGAGGGAAUCAGGCUUGUCCAGUAUGCGCUGCAAACCGAAAGUACUAGGGCUGACGUUCAUUUUCUACGACACGUGGUGAAUCAGCUGAUUGAGAUCGCCAGUAUUCUUACGUCUGAUCAGAAUUACCUGUAUGCGGAUAUGAGGGAACUCAUGGUGUCGUUGAUAUUGAGCCUGAAGUACAUUGACAACCUGCAGUGA